GACAUCACAAACACACUUUUUAUCCCCUCUCAAACUUCACACUCACCAUCCCCCAUACAAUCACGCACAUACACACACGCAUUAUGAUUUCCUCAACAAUCCCACACAUUGUCACAAACCCUCGCUACCCCGACCGCUCAACAUCAACGGGCUUCAAGCUCAUCGUCAACGUCACAGACCACUCAAAGGACUUUGACCCUCCCAUCAACAACUACCAGAUCACCACCAUUCACGUUGGUGCCGGUCUGAGCCUGGUCGGUGUGGUUGAGCAAGACGGCCGCGUCUUCUACCAAAACGGCACAAAGGACCAACGACAAGAUGGCGAGGCCACUGUCCUCACCGACGGCGGCACUCCCCUGACUCCUGCCGGCCUGGCCAUCCAGCAGAACAAGCAGAACAAGCAACUCUACGACACCUCACUCAACUUUGGCCCUGGCACACCGGGUGUUCAGCUGAACGCUCUCGACGACCCCUACACCUACAUGCUCCCCGAGACCUUUGUUGCCUGUGACGAGAGCCUGGAAUACUACCAGGGCAAGCACUUUAUCGUCAUCAAGCAGGCCCGUCUCUCGAUCGACGAGAACAACGAGAUUCAGCGCAACAUCCCCGAUGGCUGUGCUCCCAUCCGCCUGGUUCCCCAGUGUGCCGAGCUGGAGGAGGUUCCUGAGGGAUCUUACUCGAGCCACGAGUUCGCCCUCAACUCCAAGUGCUACGAUGAUGUCGCCAAGAUCAAGUGGGAGCAGUACAGUCCAUAGGAUUGGGACUUGGUCUCUUACGAACAUCGGGCAUUUGGCUGGUAGUAUGGAUUGUAAUGAUGAAUGGGUCACGACUUUGCAUAGUUACCUAGGUAGUGGUACUCGGGGAUCGGCGUCAAGGAUUGGCAUCACGGUUCGGCAUUAAUGGCCUUAAUAAUAGUAAUAACUUUCUCACG